UGACGUUUUAUUGUGUUGACGUUUCACCGCUUGUGAGCUUUCAAAACAUCUAAGAUGUGAUAAAAGCGGUGCAGAAGGAGUUGUUUGUGUGGAAUAUGAACGCGACUAGCUCGAAUUCACAAUCGGAAAUGUUGAUUAAGUGACGACGACUCGAAUUUUCUGGAGCUUCCACUAACCACUGUAACAAUGCGUUUUAACAAGCAAGAACUCAUCACUCUGGCUACACAGCCUUCCACCAAGUUUGAGAAGGAAGGCAUCCUCUACAUCAGGGAGCGACAGGAGGGGUUCUUUAGGAAGUCUGAAAGGAAGGAUAACAAACAAAAUCACAAACGUGAAAAGAGACUGCGGAAUCUGAGCUGUGUAGGGGCAGUAAGCAAAGUAAGUUUGGAACGAUGGUGUCGACUAAGAGGGAACCUGUUGUUUUACUUCAAAAACAAAGAUCCAUGGUCCGAACCUUUGGGCGUUGUUGUUUUGGAACAGUGUCAAGUUCGGAUAGAUCCACCUAUGGCUUCGCCACCUUUAACCGCCGACGGACAUUUCCCGUUCUAUUUGGUGUUUGACGGGGGUUUGUGUCAAGCGUUGGCAUCGACGUCGGACGUUGAAAGAUCAAGUUGGAUGGACGCCAUACGAACGGCAAGUUAUGAAGGCGUACGGGCUGAACUGAACGCAUUAAGGCAAUGCAUCGAACGAAGGAGAAGUCACAAACCUAACAUCGAUUUGCACACUUGGCGACUGCAACAAGCACAUGUUUUCGAUAUAACCGAAGUACCGUUGUGCGAGAUCUCCCUGGCUUGUGACAAUUUGUUAUGUGACGGGCACGGAAUGCCGCCGAAUCCCACCCUAGUUGUGGAUGUGUACAUGCCCUCCAACAAGACGUGGGUGCAGUACGGACGAACGGAAAUCAUUGAAAAAUGUAGCAAUCCCGGCUUCCUAAGCACUGUUAGUUUCCGUGCUUCGGACGGUCUCUCCGCCGACUCCCGUGUCAGAUUCACAGUUUUCGACGUCAGGGAACGGGUGUCCCACACAGCCAUUCCUCUAGGGUCGGCGUGUGUGUUGCUGGGCGCUAUCCAGGACUCGUCCCGUCUGCGCAUACCGUUGUUGUCGCGUACGCAGACCACCGCCGGCUUUUUGACGGUGAGCGCCUGGUCACUCGAGGCGGAGGAUCGUGGUAGCAGCACCGAACAUACCCCUCUUCGGGUGCCCUCUCAUCAAACAGCACAGGUGUGGUCGCACAGAAGAUCGCAAUCGUUACCGCCCAGAUUGGGUGUGAAAAUGAGAUUCCCCAACCAAUCCGAACUUAAAUUACUCUACGCAUCACCUUUCAUCCAAACAUACAGAUUCCACUCUGGUUUGGGUGGCGACAUCUGCGUCCACGAAUUCAUGGCCGAAAGUCGGCUGUGCUUCUCCUUCCCCAAUCAAAUAUUGGAUGUAUGGAUCCAACAAGAAAAAGAACUGCUACAAGAGGUGGCAGGCAUGGGUGAGCUUAGGGAGCCGUGGCAUUCACUUCAGGUGGAGUUGCUGGACAGGCAUCUGCAUCUCCUCAGAUUGUACUCGCAGGCCAAGGAGAACCUGCAAGCGCACAGGGGUGGGCUGUUCAAGCCUAGCAGUCGCAAGGCCGACAGGAGUCUGGAAUUUGCCCCGGUCAAUUUGCAUCUGCAGAGGAUGUGGGUGCACAACGACACCCUCAACAAGACCGGCUUCUACGACUGGAUUACGGUCGGCGCCUUCACUGCACACUCGCACAAAUCGAAGAACGGAGGCUUAAUUAAGUUAGUACAACAGUUAAAAGAGUCGCCCACAAAAUCCAGCACCAACUAUCAAAUUUCCACCAAAAUAUCCAUGGCCAACGACGCCAUACAAGCAAUCAAACAAUUGCGCAAAGAAGUGGUGGAAGCAAUGCGCACACUCAUGCGUCUGGCCAAAGAGAAACAAACCAACGGCAUGUUACCAAUAUGCGAGGACAUGAUCAGCAAAACUCGAAUACUUCUCAGCCUCUGGGACCCGGGUUUGGUGGAAGAGGCUCUGAAUUUCAUAGAGGAGUACAAACUGACCGCCUCCGAAGACUCAGGCGUAGGUGAGGAUUUGAGUUUGGAUUCGAAGCCCAGUUUGGUUCUGUCGCCGUUCAAACGCAUCACGCAACAACUAACGUCGCUUGACCUGAAGAGCCCCGACCUUGAUGAUUUCGCGACGCCCUGCACGCCCAGGACUGUCGACGAUAUCUGGAAGGUGCCCAACAACAACAAGUCUGAACAUCUGUUGAAUACCAGUGAAGGAGUGAAAAGUUUAUGUUCCAAUAUGCAAAGCCCGGAUGAGGCCAACUUCGUAAUAUUCCCAGACUGCGAGAACGAGUCCCAAAACGAAUCAUCGGACGGCUCAGGCUCCAACAGUCUGGUGAACGGAGGAAGCGGCCCCCGGUCUUUGGAUCCGGAUACAGGCCGCAUGUUCUUGGACACCAACGUGAUGUGUAGCUCCCCGUCAGCAAAUUACUAUAAGCCAACUGACGAACCGGAACCGUGGGACAUCACCCAGCUGAACAUCGAGGCGAGUGUCAUGUGUUUGGUUAGUAAGGUCAAGUUUUUGUGCGGGAGAUGCGGGAGCCCGGCCGUAAGGCUCAAACAGAACACCAAACCGUUCAUGAGGAAAGUUAUAACUGAUCAACCGAGCGGCAAUAUAAUCCAAAAAGAAACGGAGGCUGUGACUAUGGCUGUAACGAAGGUGGUCCGAAACGGUAAUAAGUUUACUGAUGGUUUGGACCUUAAUAAAAUCAACGAUUGGGCCGCGGAACUUAGGCCUAGUAUGAGGAAACUGAGACAGGCAAUGGAUGGACUUCUCAAGACUGCUAGAUUAACUCAUUCAGUAUUUAGGGUGCAAGAAGAUCCGAAAGCUGCUCAGAGAGUAUGUAACGUACAGUACAGGCGGGAUGUUUGCUUUUCACAAGCGUUAACAUCGUUGGUGAGUGGUUUAAUGACCAGACUCUGGUGUCACAAGGCAGAUCCGGCUUUCGUAACGGUCCUGUCAACGUUGGGACCUCUAGCAGGAUUUGAGGGCUUGUUGAGCUACUAUGGCAACGAAAUCGACAUGUUCGGCGACAUGUCGGUUGCAGUUGAAGAUCUUAGAACAGUAUUAUUCACCAUCGUCCGGUGUCCAGCUGAUCCCCAACCCACUCCUAAAGUGACCGGCUCUAGAAACUCUCUAACUGUUACUCUACCAGUGCCAGACACUUUUUACCAUUUAAUUCCGACAAGACAAACCCUGUCGUUCCACGUGACUCCGGUCUACUUCAACAUCGGUCUUAACGAGAUGGCGACAAUAGCGGAAAGUAUUGGGGCCACCAGACCUCAGGAAAGGUCCAACAUCGACAACUACGAGAGGCUGAAUGAAUAUUACUUAAGAUACAAGAAGCUCAACAUACCUGAGGUGGGACUAAAUAAUGGCAGGACGUCAAGCUGUCCGCCACAAAUCAAACCUUUAGGAGAACUAAUUGUGGAUCUUAAGGAGUCAGUGCACAGUGGCAAGUCAAAAAAUGUCGAAAUUUUACAUCUGGCUGCUCAAAUAUGUCGCCAAAUGAAAGGCAUGAGGUUUACAAGCUGUAAAAGUGCCAAGGAUAGAACCGGCAUGUCGGUGACAUUAGAGGAGUGCCAAAUACUUGCUGAUGAGUAUCAUUUAGCCGAACACGAGUUUCAAAAGGCUCUGGAUUGCCUCAGAAGUGAGGGCUGUCGGAGAGAGAACACAAUGAAAAACACGAACGUGAAGAAGUACGCCUUCAACUCUCUUCAGUUACUUGCACUUCCGAAGUUAUACAGACCACCGGCCGGCACUUAUGGCUCCGCACAAACUUAGAAAUCAUACUGUAUACUUAAUGAAAAUAAAUCUACUUAAUACCCAACUCACAAAUAUUCUCAAGGUGCCAAUUUCGUCAUAGUCAUGUUACUUAUUGUUAACUGUUACAUGUUAUUUUCUAGUUGAAUUAAUAUAUUUUUAUUUAUGUAUUAUUUAUUUAAGCAAUCAUUUUAUUAUAGAGACCGAAUUAGAUAUGUUAUGAAGAAUAAAAAAUGCAUAAUUUAUUUCAA